AUGUUCCCAGGGGUCCUCUCCGCUCCAAGUCAGUCGCCUUCUCCGUCAGAUUCCUCCCACCACACUUGCCACCUCAUUCUAGCAUGUGUCACCAUGGCCAGCCCUCAUCGUCACAGAGCCAUAGCAUUUCGCAGUCACGCCAUCAUGGAAGAGCAGCUUAUAUCGAAGGCCGUUCGUGAAGGCGUACCAUGGGACCAGCUACCGAAACGAGCGAAGCUCUUUUUAGGCUCCAACGAAGAAUACAUCAGACGCAUCAAGGAGCACUGCUUCCAGCUGCGGCUGCGCUGGCCCGACAGUCCCGCGCGCCUGGUGUGUCGCGAGGUGGACUAUUACAACGAGCUCAUCGCGCAUGGCCGCAGGACCCAAGCCCCGUUCCCGUACAACCUAGCGGACUACAUCUGCCGUGUGCUGCGCAUCUCCCCCUUCCGCUACUACAGCGUCCUUCUGCUGGAUGUCAUGAAGCAAGAGAAGUCGUACGACACGAUUCCCAACUUCACAGCAGCGGAUGCGCUGAGGGAGACGGGCAUCGGGCGCAACCAGUUCAUUGACAUCAUGAACCGCGCCCGCGCCAAGCUGAUGUGGAGGGUGAACCGGGGGAUAGUGAAGGACAUGCUGCCGCUGGAGCCAGUGCCCUUCCCCAUCCAGCCCUGGUGGCUCGUCUGCGUCGUCAACCUCACUGCUGACGAGUACAGGGUGAGCCCAAAGCGGAGGGCUUCCGACAGGAACCAGCAAGGCGAGGACGCUUCCGAGGACGCCCCCUCACGUGCUCGUUUCUAUAUCUGCACAGCACAGUUAAUGCUAUUUCUCACUCCUACUCUUCCCCUCCAAUCUCCCAGGCUGCUCUACUCGCUGUUUGUCACAGCCAGCAAACAAGCCAUGCUGCACGAGAUGGCAAACACCCUGCAAGCCGACGUGCGGCAAACAUCCAAUAUUCACCCCCUCUCUCCCUCCCUUCCUUCACAGGCUGCUGUUCGUCACAGCAAGCGAGCAGGCCACAGUGCACGAAAUGGUUCUCACACUGCUAGCCAAACAGCAAUAGACCGUGGAGCAAUAGACCGUGGAGCAAUAGACCAUGGAGCAAUAGACCGUGGAGCAAUAGACCGUGCUGCAAUAGACCGUGGAGCAAUAGACCGUGGAGCAAUAGACCGUGCAGCAAUAGACCGUGCAGCAAUAGACCGUGCAGCAAUAGACCGUGCAGCAAUAGACCGUGCAGCAAUAGACCACCGUGCAGCAAUAGACCGUGCAGCAAUAGACCGUGCAGCAAUAGACCGUGCAGCAAUAGACCGUGCAGCAAUAGACCGUGCAGCAAUAGACCGUGCAGCAAUAGACCGUGCAGCAAUAGACCGUGCAGCAAUAGACCGUGCAGCAAUAGACCGUGCAGCAAUAGACCGUGCAGCAAUAGACCGUGCAGCAAUAGACCGUGCAGCAAUAGACCGUGCAGCAAUAGACCGUGCAGCAAUAGACCGUGCAGCAAUAGACCGUGCAGCAAUAGACCGUGCAGCAAUAGACCGUGCAGCAAUAGACCGUGCAGCAAUAGACCGUGCAGCAAUAGACCGUGCAGCAAUAGACCGUGCAGCAAUAGACCGUGCAGCAAUAGACCGUGCAGCAAUAGACCGUGCAGCAAUAGACCGUGCAGCAAUAGACCGUGCAGCAAUAGACCGUGCAGCAAUAGACCGUGCAGCAAUAGACCGUGCAGCAAUAGACCGUGCAGCAAUAGACCGUGCAGCAAUAGACCGUGCAGCAAUAGACCGUGCAGCAAUAGACCGUGCAGCAAUAGACCGUGCAGCAAUAGACCGUGCAGCAAUAGACCGUGCAGCAAUAGACCGUGCAGCAAUAGACCGUGCAGCAAUAGACCGUGCAGCAAUAGACCGUGCAGCAAUAGACCGUGCAGCAAUAGACCGUGCAGCAAUAGACCGUGCAGCAAUAGACCGUGCAGCAAUAGACCGUGCAGCAAUAGACCGUGCAGCAAUUGUCCGUGCAGCAAUAGACCGUGCAGCAAUAGACCGUGCAGCAAUAGACCGUGCAGCAAUAGACCGUGCAGCAAUAGACCGUGCAGCAAUAGACCGUGCAGCAAUAGACCGUGCAGCAAUAGACCGUGCAGCAAUAGACCGUGCAGCAAUAGACCGUGCAGCAAUAGACCGUGCAGCAAUAGACCGUGCAGCAAUAGACCGUGGAGUAAUAGACCGUGCAGCAAUAGACCGUGCAGCAAUAGACCGUGCAGCAAUAGACCGUGCAGCAAUAGACCGUGCAGCAAUAGACCGUGCAGCAAUAGACCGUGCAGCAAUAGACCGUGCAGCAAUAGACCGUGCAGCAAUAGACCGUGCAGCAAUAGACCGUGCAGCAAUAGACCGUGCAGCAAUAGACCGUGCAGCAAUAGACCGUGCAGCAAUAGACCGUGCAGCAAUAGACCGUGCAGCAAUAGACCGUGCAGCAAUAGACCGUGCAGCAAUAGACCGUGCAGCAAUAGACCGUGCAGCAAUAGACCGUGCAGCAAUAGACCGUGCAGCAAUAGACCGUGCAGCAAUAGACCGUGGACCAAUAGACCGUGCAGCAAUAGACCGUGCAGCAAUAGACCGUGCAGCAAUAGACCGUGCAGCAAUAGACCGUGCAGCAAUAGACCGUGCAGCAAUAGACCGUGCAGCAAUAGACCGUGCAGCAAUAGACCGUGCAGCAAUAGACCGUGCAGCAAUAGACCGUGCAGCAAUAGACCGUGCAGCAAUAGACCGUGCAGCAAUAGACCGUGCAGCAAUAGACCGUGCAGCAAUAGACCGUGCAGCAAUAGACCGUGCAGCAAUAGACCGUGCAGCAAUAGACCGUGCAGCAAUAGACCGUGCAGCAAUAGACCGUGCAGCAAUAGACCGUGCAGCAAUAGACCGUGCAGCAAUAGACCGUGCAGCAAUAGACCGUGCAGCAAUAGACCGUGCAGCAAUAGACCGUGCAGCAAUAGACCGUGCAGCAAUAGACCGUGCAGCAAUAGACCGUGCAGCAAUAGACCGUGCAGCAAUAGACCGUGCAGCAAUAGACCGUGCAGCAAUAGACCGUGCAGCAAUAGACCGUGCAGCAAUAGACCGUGCAGCAAUAGACCGUGCAGCAAUAGACCGUGCAGCAAUAGACCGUGCAGCAAUAGACCGUGCAGCAAUAGACCGUGCAGCAAUAGACCGUGCAGCAAUAGACCGUGCAGCAAUAGACCGUGCAGCAAUAGACCGUGCAGCAAUAGACCGUGCAGCAAUAGACCGUGCAGCAAUAGACCGUGCAGCAAUAGACCGUGCAGCAAUAGACCGUGCAGCAAUAGACCGUGCAGCAAUAGACCGUGCAGCAAUAGACCGUGCAGCAAUAGACCGUGCAGCAAUAGACCGUGCAGCAAUAGACCGUGCAGCAAUAGACCGUGCAGCAAUAGACCGUGCAGCAAUAGACCGUGCAGCAAUAGACCGUGCAGCAAUAGACCGUGCAGCAAUAGACCGUGCAGCAAUAGACCGUGCAGCAAUAGACCGUGCAGCAAUAGACCGUGCAGCAAUAGACCGUGCAGCAAUAGACCGUGCAGCAAUAGACCGUGCAGCAAUUGUCCGUGCAGCAAUAGACCGUGCAGCAAUAGACCGUGCAGCAAUAGACCGUGCAGCAAUAGACCGUGCAGCAAUAGACCGUGCAGCAAUAGACCGUGCAGCAAUAGACCGUGCAGCAAUAGACCGUGCAGCAAUAGACCGUGCAGCAAUAGACCGUGCAGCAAUAGACCGUGCAGCAAUAGACCGUGCAGCAAUAGACCGUGGAGUAAUAGACCGUGCAGCAAUAGACCGUGCAGCAAUAGACCGUGCAGCAAUAGACCGUGCAGCAAUAGACCGUGCAGCAAUAGACCGUGCAGCAAUAGACCGUGCAGCAAUAGACCGUGCAGCAAUAGACCGUGCAGCAAUAGACCGUGCAGCAAUAGACCGUGCAGCAAUAGACCGUGCAGCAAUAGACCGUGCAGCAAUAGACCGUGCAGCAAUAGACCGUGCAGCAAUAGACCGUGCAGCAAUAGACCGUGCAGCAAUAGACCGUGCAGCAAUAGACCGUGCAGCAAUAGACCGUGCAGCAAUAGACCGUGCAGCAAUAGACCGUGCAGCAAUAGACCGUGCAGCAAUAGACCGUGCAGCAAUAGACCGUGCAGCAAUAGACCGUGCAGCAAUAGACCGUGCAGCAAUAGACCGUGCAGCAAUAGACCGUGCAGCAAUAGACCGUGCAGCAAUAGACCGUGCAGCAAUAGACCGUGCAGCAAUAGACCGUGCAGCAAUAGACCGUGCAGCAAUAGACCGUGCAGCAAUAGACCGUGCAGCAAUAGACCGUGCAGCAAUAGACCGUGCAGCAAUAGACCGUGCAGCAAUAGACCGUGCAGCAAUAGACCGUGCAGCAAUAGACCGUGCAGCAAUAGACCGUGCAGCAAUAGACCGUGCAGCAAUAGACCGUGCAGCAAUAGACCGUGCAGCAAUAGACCGUGCAGCAAUAGACCGUGCAGCAAUAGACCGUGCAGCAAUAGACCGUGCAGCAAUAGACCGUGCAGCAAUAGACCGUGCAGCAAUAGACCGUGCAGCAAUAGACCGUGCAGCAAUAGACCGUGCAGCAAUAGACCGUGCAGCAAUAGACCGUGCAGCAAUAGACCGUGCAGCAAUAGACCGUGCAGCAAUAGACCGUGCAGCAAUAGACCGUGCAGCAAUAGACCGUGCAGCAAUAGACCGUGCAGCAAUAGACCGUGCAGCAAUAGACCGUGCAGCAAUAGACCGUGCAGCAAUAGACCGUGCAGCAAUAGACCGUGCAGCAAUAGACCGUGCAGCAAUAGACCGUGCAGCAAUAGACCGUGCAGCAAUAGACCGUGCAGCAAUAGACCGUGCAGCAAUAGACCGUGCAGCAAUAGACCGUGCAGCAAUAGACCGUGCAGCAAUAGACCGUGCAGCAAUAGACCGUGCAGCAAUAGACCGUGCAGCAAUAGACCGUGCAGCAAUAGACCGUGCAGCAAUAGACCGUGCAGCAAUAGACCGUGCAGCAAUAGACCGUGCAGCAAUAGACCGUGCAGCAAUAGACCGUGCAGCAAUAGACCGUGCAGCAAUAGACCGUGCAGCAAUAGACCGUGCAGCAAUAGACCGUGCAGCAAUAGACCGUGCAGCAAUAGACCGUGCAGCAAUAGACCGUGCAGCAAUAGACCGUGCAGCAAUAGACCGUGCAGCAAUAGACCGUGCAGCAAUAGACCGUGCAGCAAUAGACCGUGCAGCAAUAGACCGUGCAGCAAUAGACCGUGCAGCAAUAGACCGUGCAGCAAUAGACCGUGCAGCAAUAGACCGUGCAGCAAUAGACCGUGCAGCAAUAGACCGUGCAGCAAUAGACCGUGCAGCAAUAGACCGUGCAGCAAUAGACCGUGCAGCAAUAGACCGUGCAGCAAUAGACCGUGCAGCAAUAGACCGUGCAGCAAUAGACCGUGCAGCAAUAGACCGUGCAGCAAUAGACCGUGCAGCAAUAGACCGUGCAGCAAUAGACCGUGCAGCAAUAGACCGUGCAGCAAUAGACCGUGCAGCAAUAGACCGUGCAGCAAUAGACCGUGCAGCAAUAGACCGUGCAGCAAUAGACCGUGCAGCAAUAGACCGUGCAGCAAUAGACCGUGCAGCAAUAGACCGUGCAGCAAUAGACCGUGCAGCAAUAGACCGUGCAGCAAUAGACCGUGCAGCAAUAGACCGUGCAGCAAUAGACCGUGCAGCAAUAGACCGUGCAGCAAUAGACCGUGCAGCAAUAGACCGUGCAGCAAUAGACCGUGCAGCAAUAGACCGUGCAGCAAUAGACCGUGCAGCAAUAGACCGUGCAGCAAUAGACCGUGCAGCAAUAGACCGUGCAGCAAUAGACCGUGCAGCAAUAGACCGUGCAGCAAUAGACCGUGCAGCAAUAGACCGUGCAGCAAUAGACCGUGCAGCAAUAGACCGUGCAGCAAUAGACCGUGCAGCAAUAGACCGUGCAGCAAUAGACCGUGCAGCAAUAGACCGUGCAGCAAUAGACCGUGCAGCAAUAGACCGUGCAGCAAUAGACCGUGCAGCAAUAGACCGUGCAGCAAUAGACCGUGCAGCAAUAGACCGUGCAGCAAUAGACCGUGCAGCAAUAGACCGUGCAGCAAUAGACCGUGCAGCAAUAGACCGUGCAGCAAUAGACCGUGCAGCAAUAGACCGUGCAGCAAUAGACCGUGCAGCAAUAGACCGUGCAGCAAUAGACCGUGCAGCAAUAGACCGUGCAGCAAUAGACCGUGCAGCAAUAGACCGUGCAGCAAUAGACCGUGCAGCAAUAGACCGUGCAGCAAUAGACCGUGCAGCAAUAGACCGUGCAGCAAUAGACCGUGCAGCAAUAGACCGUGCAGCAAUAGACCGUGCAGCAAUAGACCGUGCAGCAAUAGACCGUGCAGCAAUAGACCGUGCAGCAAUAGACCGUGCAGCAAUAGACCGUGCAGCAAUAGACCGUGCAGCAAUAGACCGUGCAGCAAUAGACCGUGCAGCAAUAGACCGUGCAGCAAUAGACCGUGCAGCAAUAGACCGUGCAGCAAUAGACCGUGCAGCAAUAGACCGUGCAGCAAUAGACCGUGCAGCAAUAGACCGUGCAGCAAUAGACCGUGCAGCAAUAGACCGUGCAGCAAUAGACCGUGCAGCAAUAGACCGUGCAGCAAUAGACCGUGCAGCAAUAGACCGUGCAGCAAUAGACCGUGCAGCAAUAGACCGUGCAGCAAUAGACCGUGCAGCAAUAGACCGUGCAGCAAUAGACCGUGCAGCAAUAGACCGUGCACCGUCAAUAGACCUGCUCGACCCGUGCAUGGACAUGGACAUGGGGGGAAGGGAGACACCGGCCGACGUGGUACCUAUACCUUCUGAAUCCCAUCCCCUCCUCCCCUCCCCCCUUCCCUUCCCCCCCAGGCUGCUCUAUUCUCUCUUCGUCACAGCAAGCGAGCAAGCCACGGUGCACGAGAUGGCCAACACGCUGCAAGCCGACGUGCGGCAGCUCGGCGCCGCCAUCUCCCUCGCAUGCCGCCUGGGGUGGGCCGAGAAGGUGCUCGACUUACACUCCCUGCUCGACCACAUAGACAUGGGGGGAGAGGGGGACACCGGCGACGGGGGCGUGGGCAGCGAGGGGUUUGGUGCGGGGGACGCAGGGGUGGGUGCGGGGAUGGGGGGAGGGGAGGGGGGGUUGGAGGGAGUGGGGGGUGGGCAGGUGGUGGGGUGGAAGAAGGUGGAGUCGGUGGGGUGGGGGGAGAGUGGAGGGGGUGCGGAUAGGUUGAGGAUAGCGCUGAUGGUGGAUGCCAACCUCACGUCCUUCCUCAUGAUGGGCUCUUUCUCAUAUGAGCUAAAGCAGCAUGCGGUGACUCUGUUCGAAGCAGCAAAGCUAUCAGAGCAGAGUGUAGCAGAGCUGUGUGGGGAGCUACGAGCAGUGGAGAAGACACAGCUGGAGGGCGAACUACAGAAGUUCACGGACCAUGCCUUCAGCCUGCGCUACGCCCUCUCCUGCCUGCGCACCGGCACCAUCGAUAUCACCUCCGCCCUCCACACCCCCCGCCCUGCUUCUGCCGCUGCUGCCGCCGCUACUGCAGCAGCUAUUGCACCGCUGCACCCUCCCCAUCACUCUUCGCCACCCAGCCAGCCCAGUGCUUCCAGUGACCCCCCAGGCACCUCGGACUCUGCACAGGGAGGCCUCGCACCAGCCACGCUGCACCGCCUCCUGCGCCGAGAUUUCGACCUCGUCGUCUCCAUCGUGCCCCUCCCCAAGCCCCUCAACGCCGUCGUCCCAGACGGCUCAGGUCCCGCCCACUUCGGCCCACCUGCCCCCGCCUUCCUCUCCCCGUGGGCCAAGCUGUUUCUCUACGCGAAAACCGCCUCUGGACCGGUUUCAGUGGUGCUGAUGAGAGGGCUGAGGCUCAGGCUGCUGCCGCCGCCGCUAGUGACUUGUGAUAAGGCGUUGGUGUGGACGUGGGAUGGGAUGGCGGUGGGGGGAGUGGGGGCGAAGAGUGAAGGGUCGCUGGUGCCUGGGACGGUGCUGCUGCAUGUGGUGAACAGCUUGCUGAGACAUUCUGCUUUGAUGGUUCAGCCUCUGGCCUCCCCGCCUGUGCCUACUCCUGGGUUCUCCCGAACUGGAUCGAACUCAGCUCAGCAGAAGCAGCAGGGCGGGGCGAGAUCACUGGGAAAGACGAGGCAGGAGGUUACUGAAACUGCUGGGGAAUCAGCGGGUGGUGGGGCAGGAGGAGACGAGGGAGCGAGGAGUGAGGGAGGCAAAGGCGGGGGGUCGAGUGAUAGUGCUAGUGGUGAUGGUGAUGGUGGCGCAGGGGCAGUGGCGCCUGGAGCGGGGCAGCAGAGGGAGGAGGAGGAGGAGGAGUCGCCAGUGGUGGCUGCAGCGAGGCGAGCAGCCGAGGUGCUGGCUGUGGAUGCUGUGGGGUUCGUGCGAGUCAUCCGUACGGAGGCCGGGGAGGAGGACGAGGACGAGGAGGAGGAGGAUGCGGAGGGUGGUGGUGGUGCCAGCGCUGGCACUGCCAGUGGAGAAGGGAGGUUGAGAAUAGACGUCAGUGAAGGGGGAGGGGGAGCAGGAGGGACGGGGGGAAGCCCAGGGAAGAAGAAGCAGCAGCGGCAGCGGCAGGGGCGGCGGGGCGAGUGGGUGGCACACAGCGUGGAGUUUGGCAUUCCGCUCUUCGACACGCAGCUGUGCUGCCAGGUGUGCGACGCCGUGGUCUCUCACAGCAUGCUCACCCCGCCGCAGCUCGCAUCCCAGCGCCGCUCCACCCUCUCUCUCCGCUCCGCCCUGCGGGAGUUCAUAUCAGACUACCGCCAGCACGGCCCUGUCUCACGGGCAGUCUACACCGGUAAUGUCGCUCUCCUACGGUCGACUUCCCGGCGUUGGCAUGUGCCGCCGUCGCCGUCGGGGAGGGGAGCCGGGGAGGGGGGUGGCGGGCAGGGAGGAGGGAGGAGAGGGGAGAUUGGGGGGGUGAUUGCGGCGGCGGUGGCGGCAGUGGAUGCGGAGAAGGGAGGGGGGAGGAGGGCGGGGGACAGGAGGGGGAGGAUGGGGCAGAAGCACCGGCUGAGCCGAAACUUCUCAGAGUUUUGGUACCUGCCCGAGAACCAAGCUCCCAGCUUUGCAGCCACACAGGAUGAUCCUCAGGACCCCUAUGCGCAAUCAAAUCGAGAUCCAAGCUUCACAUCGGAGGAGGAAGAAGAGGACCUCAGCCGCCCGGCAUACCCCGGGGUGAAUAUGAUCUUUGACGGUCACGUGUUUGAAGAAGUGUUUUGA